AAGCACAUGUUGGGCGUAUGUUAGAAGUACUGAAUCGCUAACUACUGGUCUUUAACUGCGGGAAAGCUACAAUGCUGUGGUUUAUUAUGAUGUAGCAAUAUGCUACCUAACCAUCUAAACACACGAGUAUGUUAACGUGUAUACGAAUAUCACAUAUGAGUGACAAUUAAUGUAAAAGAGACAAUCCGUUCAGAGAGUACAGCGAAGCUCCUGCGAGUCUGACACGCGCUUCGAAUUCAGCUCGGGAGGCAAGCUUCACUGCAAUCCUUUACGUUUGGCUGAGAAGCGUGACCGACCUUGUCUCGCAAUGAGCUCCAAAGUGUGCAAGAACUGUGGGGGCUCCGACAUCGAUGUGGACCAGUCCAGGGGCAAUGCAGUGUGCAUGGGCUGUGGGUCUGUCCUGGAGGACAACAUCAUCGUCUCCGAGGUGGAGUUUGUGGAGACGGGCGGUGGAGGCUCGUCUGCCGUAGGGCAGUUUGUUGCUGGAGACUCUACUGGAAGGAACCCCACCUUUGGAGAAGGGUUCUACACAGGUGUGGGCCGGGAGUCCCGAGCCCAGACACUACAGAAUGGGAAACGUCAGAUAAUGUCAUUGGGUCACCAGCUGCAGCUCAACCAGCACUGCCUGGAUACGGCCUUCAACUUCUACAAGAUGGCUCUGGCUAAACGCCUGACCAGUGGACGCAAGUCUGCCCAUGUUAUCGCCGCCUGCCUGUACCUGGUCUGCAGGACCGAGGGGACCCCCCACAUGCUGCUGGAUCUCAGUGACCUCCUUCAGGUGAAUGUGUAUGUCCUGGGUAGGACGUUUCUGGUGCUAGCCAGAGAACUCUGCAUCAACGCUCCAGCUAUAGACCCGUGCUUGUACAUCCCCCGCUUCACCCAGCUGCUAGAGUUUGGAGAUAAGAAUCGUGAGGUCUCCAUGACGGCUCUGAGACUGCUGCAGAGGAUGAAGAGGGACUGGAUGCACACCGGAAGAAGGCCAUCAGGGCUCUGUGGCGCAGCUCUGCUGGUGGCCGCUCGCAUGCAUGAGUUCCGGCGCACCGUCAAGGAGAUUAUCAGUGUGGUGAAGGUGUGUGAGGCCACACUACGAAAAAGGUUGAAUGAGUUUGAAGAAACCCCCACCAGUCAGCUGACCAUCGAGGAGUUCAUGAAGGUGGACCUCGACCAGGAGUGCGACCCUCCGUCCUUCACCGCAGGACUGAAGAAGAAGAGGAUGAAGGAGCUUGAGAUCGAGUUGGAGAAAAAGAUCGAGGAUGUUCAAGGCGAGGUCCACUGCUACCAGGAUGAGAUUGAGAUGGAGCUGGAGAUGAGCAGGCCCAAGUUGAGAGGGAUGUUUUCCUCGUAUGCCAAAAGCGACCCUCUGAGUAACCACGACGACGCGUCUGUAGCUUCAGAUGUUCCUGAUUCGGACGACCUGGAGGACGAGGAGCUGAAGGCUGUGGCCCAGCACCUCAGCCAGGGCCUGGAGGACGAGGAGCUGAAGGCUGUGGCCCAGCACCUCAGCCAGGGCCUGUGUGACCAGGGCCUGUGUGACCAGGCUGACUCCGGAGAGGACCAGGAGAAGGAGGAGGAGGAGGACGACGACAAGUGCUUUCAACGUAAAGGCCCCUCUCUGGCCUCCAUUCUGGGGCCCCUGCCCACCGCCGCCAGCCUGGGCCUCGACGAAUCCAUCAGCGAGUGCAUCGGAGAGGGGCAGGAGAACGAUGGAGCCACAGAGAAUGGAGAACUAGACCUGAGUGGGAUUGACGACGAUGAGAUUGAGCUGUAUCUCCUGAACGACAAAGAAGUCAAAAUCAAGACUGACCUUUGGAUGUUGCAAAACAGCGAUUACUUGAAAGAGCAGAAAGAAAAAGAGGAGAGGAUAGCCAAGGAGAAGGAACUGGGGAUCUAUAAGGAGAAGAAGCCCAAGAAAUCCUGCAGGAAACGGACUCAGAUCAGCGCCAACACCGCAGACGAGGCCAUCGAGAAGAUGCUGGAGCAGAAGAAGAUCUCCUCCAAGAUCAACUACGACGUCCUGAGAGACCUCAACGUCAAGCCCUGCGCCAGUCCCGCCCGGCAACAGGCGGAGCCCCAGGGCGGAACAAAGAAGCUGAUUGGACGAAGCCGUAACCCGAACGUGCCUUUGAGUUUGGGCACGCCCCUCAGCAGCCUUGGCAAGAGGUUACAGCCCUUCAUCUCAGGACCACCCCAGAAGAAGAUGGCUCUGGACCAGCUGGCCGGCAGCAACCCCCUGCCAGUGCCCUGCCAGCCCCCCAGGUCCGUCCUGGUGGAGGAAGGCCCCGUGGUGUACGACGACGGGCCCGACGAGGAAGAGGAGGAUGAGGAGGAGGCCUGCGUCAGCGCCAUGCAGCUGAUGGGGAGCAGUGAGUACGGCUGUGAAGGGGACUACGAGGACUGAGCGUCGCCUCUCCUGGACGGCUCCUCCGGGCGGCUGGAUCGACUUGGCGUAUCCAACUGCCACAUCCACGCCCGUUUCGUUUCGUGUCUUGACGUUGGAGGGUGUCUGAGGGACUAUGAGUGGUUGGGAUUAGGAUGAGGUCCAGCUUGUCUAAGGCUGCAUGUUGACAGUUGGGGUGGUAUCGAUGAGGUCGUCUGGGUCUCUGGUGAAGACGAAACAAAACAACACUACUGCUCCACUCCUAUAUCCAGCACUCUGCCCGAACCUGCUAGUCUGCUUCCUACAUGUCUGUCAACAAGCAGAGUUGGCGUUCCGUCUCCCACCGAGGAGACCUGUAUUAGUCCUCACAUCAUGGAUGAGGUAAAGGGUAUCAGUCGAACCAGUGUUAUGAAUAUCUCAGCUGUGUGGCAGAGAAUACAUUUGAAAGCUGCUGUUUGAAGCCAUUGCUAUUAAACUGCCUUGAAUUUGUCAAACUAUCAUAGUUUUUCCCUUAGUUAAAAAAUUGUGUUUGUAUGAGGUUUGUAUUCAGAUAAUAAUAUAUAGACUUGUUCCUGUUUUUGCCAAGGCUUGGCUAAUUUGAUUGUUAGCAAGUUGUUUUGCUUGUGACUUGUCGCAGAAUGUCAAUAAGAAUCAAUCUUAUUAAAUGCUCUGUUGAGAUCUUUAAAAAGGGUGUUCACUUAAAUGUAUUAAUUUUGAUAUAUGAAUAAUUGAUUACUUGCUAUGCAGUUAAUUGAUUAUAAUUGAAUGGGUUAAUUGCAGCUGAGAUAUGGUUUUGUAACGAAGAUUUUAUUGUUUUAUUUUUUGGUGGAGUAUUUCCUGUAUUUAAGGAGGCGAGGGCCGUGACCUGAUAGUCCCUCAACACUGCUGCUACUGUACAUACUUCACAGGUUGAGAAUGUUCUGCGUGUGCUGCUACAGUAAACACCAAACUUACUGAGA